AUGGCUGCUGUGGCGGCCGCAGAAAGAGGUUCCGAAAACGUCUUAUGUGAAGCCGGAUUUUCUGAACGUUAUCUCAGCUAUUUCACUGGAGAACACAAGUGUUUAGAAAGAACACAAGUGUUAAAAGAUGAGGAAGAUAACAAGAAAAUUAUUGUAGAAGCCAUGGAUGAUAUCAUUAACAAGGUACUCAACAUUAUAAUUCCUCCCAUAUCCCUCACCUUCUUCCUCUUCCUUCUGCCGCCCUAUCUCUUUUACAAGUUCCUCCUCUCCGCCGUACGAUCUGUUUUUACUGAAGAUGUGGCUGGAAAAGUCGUCCUCAUCACUGGAGCUUCCUCUGGCAUAGGAGAGCAUAUGGCAUAUGAGUAUGCUAGAAGAGGAGCUUGCCUAGCUCUUGUUGACAGAAGAGAAAACCUGCUCCAAUCUGUGGCUAGCAGAGCCAUGUCCAUUGGCUCCCCAGAUGUUCUCGUAAUCCCUGCAGAUGUUUCAAAGGUGGAAAAUUGUAGGCGCUUUGUCGAUGUAGCAGUGAACCACUUUGGGCGUUUGGAUCACCUAGUCAACAAUGCUGGGAUUACUCCAGUCUGCUUGUUUGAAGAGGCCACUGAUGUCACUAAAAUAGCACCAGCUAUGGACACAAACUUUUGGGGUUCUGUAUAUGGCACCUACUUUGCCAUUCCACACCUUAAAAGGAGUAGAGGGAAGAUCGUGGGGAUCGCUUCCUCUGCCGGAUGGUUGCGUGUGCCAAGACUAAGCUUGUAUGGUGCUACCAAAUCAGCAGUGAUAAGCUUCUAUGAGACGCUGAGAGUUGAAAUUGGGAGAGAAGUUGGAAUAACAAUUGUGACUCCAGGUUUGGUUGAAUCAGAAAUGACCAAAGGCAAAUUCUUAUCCAAGGAAGGCCAACUGGUUGAAGUAAGCAUAAUGCCAAUACUGCCUGUCAAGGAGGCUGCCAAAUCAAUCGUGGACAGCGCAUGCCGGGGAGAAAAUUACUUGACAGUACCAGCUUGGGUUUGGCAUUCAUUUUACUGGAAGGUGUUUUUCCCAGAGUUACUGGAAUGGUCUAACCAUAUGUUACUGAUGAGCAAAGGGAGCGGUGGCGAGAGGGAUACAAUAAGUAAGAAGCUCCUGGACCUAACCGGCUUGAAGGAGUGUCUGUAUCCGGAGUCGGUUCGAUAG